AUGGACACCACACCUUCCACCACAUCGCUAUGGACCAGUCGAAAAUGCAUAGUAGUCUGCUGCAUCGUCGCGACAGCGAAUAUGCAAUACGGCUUCGACUCGGCAGCCAUAGGCUCAUUGCAAGCAAUGCCAGGUUUCCUAAAAGUCUUCGGCUACCCAGACAAGAGCAAUCCCAUCGGAUACGGCAUUGACAGCACCGUCCAGCAACUAAUAUCUUCACUCCUCACCCUAGGAUCCUUUCUGUCCUCUCUAGCCGCAGGUCCUUUCAGUUCGUAUUUCGGCAGAAGAGAAGGGCUCUGGGUGGCCUGCAUCCUCGGUGCUGUAUCGUGUGCGGUGCAAUUAGCGACGAAAAACACUGGUGUGCUGUACUUUGGACGCUUGUUGAUGGGGCUGUCGAACGGGUUUCUGGUUACGUUCUCGAAUGUAUACGUUUCGGAGGUGGCUCCGGCUCAUAUACGAGGCGUUAUGGUGGCGCUGUUCGCGUACUGGGUCAAUAUUGGAAGUAUCAUCGGAAGCGUGGUCACCAAUUACACCUCCAAGCGGUUCGAUAAGUCCUCUUACCAGAUUCCGAUCGCUUGCCUCUACAUCGUGCCUGCGUUUCUGGCGGCGGGCUUGUUCUUCGUACCGGAAUCGCCGAGAUGGCUUUUGCACAAAGGGAAAGAGAGUGAGGCUCGCCGCGCUCUGGGCAAGCUCAGAAGUGAUGAGCUACCACAGGAAGUCUUCGAAUUGGAGUGGGUGGAAAUGAUCAGAGGUACGGAAGAGGAGCAAGCUACUGCGAAAAGCAUUGGCUUCCUCGAUAUGUUUAAAGGCGUUGAUCUUAGAAGAACUUUGCUCUGCUACGGAAUCAUCGCAAGCCAAAGUGGCAGUGGCGUCUGGUUCAUCAUUGCGUAUCAAACAUACUUCUUCAGCAUUUCCGGCAUUACCAAGAGCUUUGAGUUCUCAAUCAUGAACACUUGCAUCGGCUUCAUAGGAGUCAAUGUCGGCAUGUAUGCGAUGAAGAACUGGUUCGGGAGAAGAUCGAUUCUUAUGAUCGGCGCUACCAUCUGCGGCAUUUCGCAACUGAUCCCUGCCAUCGUCUGGAGCAUCAACCCAAUGGCCAAGUCCAGCGGGAGCGUUCUGGUCGGCUUCAUGGCAGUCUUCCAAUUCGGCUAUAACUCCUGUGUCGGCGCGACUUCAUACCCUGUGGCGACGGAGCUGGUCAGCUCGCGACUGAGGGCAUACACUGUAGGCAGCGCAACUUCUAUCGGCUACAUCUUUGCCUGGCUCUGCAGCUUCUGUUCACCGUACUUCAUCAACCCGAAGGAUCUUAAUUUGGGCGCGCAAUAUGGAUAUAUUUGGGCAGCUUCGAAUCUCGCUUGCGUUGUGUUCUUCUUCUUUUUCAUGCCAGAGAUGAAGGGAAGGUCUCUUGAGCAGCUGGACGAGAUCUUUGCGGCAAAGGUUCCGGCCAGGAAGUUCAAAGACUACCAAUGCCGAGAAAUUGAAUUGCUUGAGCUCAUAGGAGACGACAAGCUGGGAGAUGGGAAGGCCACAACGGUCGAGAAGGUCGAAGAAGCUGCGUAG